GUGAUGGAGGUGCCGCUGGUUAGUUUCGAGAACAUGGACGACGUCGGCAUCAACAUGGGUGACCCCAGCGACUCUGGGUAUCCGACCUCUCCCACCUCAGAAGCCCCCGAUCAUAAUCCACUGACCAGCAGGCUGGCAUCACCGCAGCGUUCACCACGCAGGGGCCGACGUAGGCCCCAGACCAGCCAGGGGGGCUUUUCCCCCUCCACCCCGCCCACCGCUAAAGCAAACUCCAGCAGCGGCAGUCUCAUCUCCAACCUCAAACUCCUGAUCAACAGUGAGUCACCCACCGACAGCGUCUUCAGCAAGAUGGCCAAGGACUGCUGCGAGAGCGAGGACAUGUUUGAAAAGCAGGUCAUGGAGGAGCGAGACCAGAAGGUCGUCAUCAACAUCUCAGGCCUGAUGUUCGAGACGCAGCUCAGCACCCUGAACCAGUUCCCCGAGACCCUGCUGGGGGACCCCAUGAAAAGGAUUACUUACUUUGACCCAAUGAGGAAUGAGUACUUCUUCGACCGGAAUCGUCCCUCUUUCGACGGCAUUCUGUACUACUACCAGUCAGGUGGCAAACUCCGCCGGCCAGCCAACGUACCCUUGGAUGUGUUUGCGAACGAAAUUGUUUUCUACGAGCUGGGGCACGAGGCGAUGGAGCAGUUUCGCGAGGACGAGGGGUUCAUAAAGGAGCCGGAGGUUCUUUUGCCCACCAACGAACUCCAUCGACAAUUCUGGCUACUGUUCGAAUACCCAGAGAGCUCCAGUGCGGCCCGGUCGGUGGCCUUGGUUUCUGUGUUUGUCAUCGUCAUCUCCAUCUUCAUCUUUUGCCUGGAAACCCUGCCGGAGUUCAGGGAGGACAGUGACCCUUUCCCGAGCGUGACCCAACUCAUCAACGGUAGCCAAGACGGUUCUGUCCCCCAGCCGGCCACUAAAGACCUGGUGGCGUACUUCACCGACCCCUUUUUCAUUGUAGAGACCAUUUGCAUCAUUUGGUUCUGCUUUGAGCUCGGCGUCCGUUUUGUGGUGUGUCCCAGCAAGAGUGAUUUCUUCAACAACAUCAUGAACAUUAUAGACAUUGUCUCCAUUAUCCCCUAUUUUGUAACUCUGGGGACGGAGCUGGCCACUAACCCUGACGAAGACAUGAACUCGAGUCAGAACAUGUCCCUGGCGAUCCUACGAAUCAUCCGUCUGGUGCGAGUUUUCCGAAUUUUCAAACUCUCCCGACACUCCAAGGGGCUUCAGAUCCUGGGACAGACCCUGAAGGCCAGCAUGAGGGAACUGGGCCUGCUCAUCUUUUUCCUUUUCAUAGGCGUCAUCCUGUUCUCCAGUGCCAUCUACUUUGCGGAGGUGGAUGAGCCCCAGACGCAGUUCGUCAGCAUCCCCGAUGGCUUCUGGUGGGCCGUGGUGACAAUGACCACCGUGGGGUACGGCGACAUGUGCCCCAUUACCAUGGGCGGGAAAAUGGUCGGCACGCUGUGCGCCAUCGCCGGCGUACUAACCAUCGCCUUGCCCGUCCCCGUCAUCGUCUCCAACUUCAAUUAUUUCUACCACCGCGAGACCGAGCAGGAGGAAAAACAGAUGAUGGAUGCGGCGGCGGAGGCUGCGCAGAAAACCACGUCGGCCGCGAACAAGUACGGUAGCACGCCGUCACUAAACAAAAGCAGCAGCACCUGGCAGAAUGAGAAGAACGGCAUGCAGUGA